AUGUCAUACCACGUCGUUCGUCCAAGAGCCGGCAGACUUCCGGUUCGAUCGUUAUGGGCAUACUCAACUCAGUGCCGACAUAUGAUGGCAAGAGCGGCAGGAGGAAGUCAUCAGUCUUCGGGAGAUGACAAGCCAAUCACUAUAACCAUUCCCAAAGACUCGUUUGAAACCUAUAAAAUUGACCCGCCUCCAUACAGCUUGGAAACGUCCAAAAAAGAGCUACGGCAAUUAUAUAAAGACAUGGCAACUAUUCGGAGAUUAGAGCUCCUCUCAGACCAGCUUUAUAAGGAACAAAAAAUCCGAGGCUUCUGUCACCUUUCGACGGGUCAAGAAGCUGUAGCUGUUGGAAUAGAGCACGCCAUUACCAAGUCUGAUCCCUUGAUCACAGCAUAUCGCAGCCAUGGAUUUACGUACAUGCGAGGCGGAAGUAUUCGGUCAAUCAUUGGCGAAUUACUCGGCAAACAACAGGGAAUCUCAUACGGCAAGGGCGGGUCAAUGCAUAUGUUUACAAAAGGGUUUUAUGGAGGUAACGGAAUUGUUGGUGCACAUGUUCCGGUGGGCACUGGAAUAUCAUUUGCUCAGCAGUAUUCGGAACAGAGUAAUAUGACAGUGGACUUAUAUGGGGAUGGUGCGGCAAAUCAGGGGCAGGUUCAUGAGGCAUUUAAUAUGGCCAAGUUGUGGAAUCUGCCCGUUCUGUACGGUUGCGAGAAUAAUCAAUAUGGAAUGGGAACAUCCGCUGAAAGAGCAUCCGCUGAGACAAACUACUAUAAACGCGGGUUCUAUUUUCCUGGCAUUCGUGUCAACGGCAUGGAUGUUCUUGCUAUCAUGUCAGCAGUCAAAUAUGCUCGUCGACUCAUUACAGGCGAAGAAGGCAAUCACGAAGGACCAAUACUUUACGAAUUUGUCACCUACAGAUUCGCCGGACAUAGCAUGUCAGACCCCGGCAUAGCGUACCGAUCUCGCGAAGAACUAAAAGACGCAAGAAAGCAAGAUCCCUUGACUGUACUCAAGCAGCGAAUGUUAGAACUGAAAAUCAACACGGAAGAUGAAUUAAAGGCUAUGGAAAAGGGGAUUAAGAGUUUUGUCAAUUCUGAGGCGGAGAUAGCGCAGAAAAUGGACGACCCGUCUCCGGCAGAGGAUACUCUGUUUCAAGAUAUAUUCGUGAGAGGAGCAGAGCCUGCAUAUAUGAGGGGUACGACGGUCAAUAAUACGUACUAUUAUAAGCAUUGA